ACAUGUACAGGUCACAUGAUUGUGACAUCAUCACAGGUCCUACACCUCCAGCAUGUAGCAAUAAGAAGAUUACAUGAGAAGAUGAAGAAGGACAGGAAUGAGAUGACCAAGAGAAUAUUACACUUCACCUUGGAGAUCCUCCACCUGCUGACUGGAGAGGAUUACACCAUAGUGAAGAAGACAUGGGGGGAGUGUGUGGCCCCCAGCAGCCAUCUCCAUGAGUCAGGAGGACGGAGCAGGGCCCGGGGCCCCAUCAUGGAGCCUCCACCUCACUCACUGAUACAUGAGGAGAAGAUCCUAGAACUCACCCACAGGAUCACUGAGCUGCUGACUGGAGAGGUUCCUAUAAGGUGUCAGGAUGUGGCGGUCUAUUUCUCCAUGGAGGAGUGGGAGUAUGUAGAAGGACACAAGGACCUGUACCAGGACAUAGUCAUGAUGGAGGAUCACCGGCCCCUCACAUCACAAGAUGGAGUCAUUGAUAGAAAUUCACCCGAGAGGUGUCCCCGCCAUCUGUAUUCCCAGGACUGUCCAGAGGGAAAUGUCCCAGAGAAGCAUCAGGGGGGAGAUCUGACUAAUAUUAAAGUGGAGGAUGAAGCAGAAGAAUGGAUUAUGAGGGAAGUAAAAGAGGAAAUUCCAGAAGAUGUUACUCCAGAACACACCAGUAUCAACUUGGAGGAAGAUUUGCAACACUUCUCAGAAGGAAACCUUCUUUCCAUUGAUGGACAUUCAGGACGUUACAGUACAGAUCUAUCAUAUAGCCCCCUUAACCAUGAGCAACCUUCUCCUGACCAAUCGCUGAUUGUUACCACAUGUACAGGUCACAUAGUAAGUGAAAGAUUUCAUUGUGAUGAAUGCGGAAAAGAGUUUACAAAAAAAUCUGACCUUUUUACUCACAGAAGAAGUCACACAGGAGAGAAGAAAUAUUCAUGUUCAGAAUGUGGGAAAUGUUUUACCGGUAGAUCAUACCUUGUUAUACAUGAGAGAAGUCACACAGGAGAGCGGCCAUAUGCGUGUUCAGAAUGUGGGAAAUGUUUUACCAGUAAAUCAAAUCUUGUUAUACAUGAGAGGAGUCACACGGGAGAGAGGCCAUACCCUUGUUCGGAAUGCGGGAAACGUUUUACCAAUAAAUCGAAUCUUGUUAUACACAAGAGAAGUCACACAGGAGAGAAGCCGUAUUCAUGUGCAGAAUGUGGAAAACGCUUUACGUACAAAUCGAGUCUUGUUUCCCAUGAGAGAAGUCACACAGGAGAAAAGCCGUAUUCAUGUUCAGAAUGUGGGAAAUGCUUUGUAAAUAAAUCAGAUCUUCUCAUACACAAGAGACGUCACACAGGAGAGAAGCCAUUUUCGUGUUCGGAAUGUGGGAAAUGUUUUACAAAGCAGUCGACUCUUGUGAAACAUGAGAGGAACCACACAUGAGAGAAGAUUUUUUCAUGUUUCGUUGCCGUUUUGUAUUCAUAAAUUCAGAAGCCAUAGUGACAUAGUGGAAGGGUGAAAAAAAAUUUGGGAAACACCCCAUGUAAGUUUUUUUUAUUGUUGUGAUAUACGUGGACAUAUUAUUAUUUAAUCUUCAUUUGUACAGUGGAUAAAAGUGAUGGCAUUGAAUAAAAAAAAUAA